GCGCAAGUCUCGCGAGAUCUCCCAUACAUUCCUGAGAAGUAUGGCGGCGUCCUGCAACAUUUCUGUGUAGUGUGUUUGAUACUUUAUGUGCCUUUAGAGAAAUAAGCCUUGACCACCAGCAAUAUGUUUGUCUAUCUUAGCAAAAAGAUAGCUAUUCCUAAUAACACCCGACUGCGGUGUGUGUCAUGGAACAAGGAGCAUGGCUACAUUGCAUGUGGAGGAGAAGAUGGUCUGCUCAAAGUGCUCAAAUUGGAGACCCAAACAGGGAAAGACAUGAAAGUGAAAGGUCUGGCAGCUCCAAGCAAUUUGUCCAUGAACCAGUCACUUGAGGGACAUAGUGGUGCUGUCCAGUGUGUGACAUGGAAUGAACAUUACCAGAAGCUGACCACAAGUGACCAGUACGGCCUCAUCAUUGUAUGGAUGCUUUACAAAGGUUCAUGGUAUGAGGAGAUGAUUAACAACAGGAACAAGUCUGUGGUCAGGGGAAUGAAGUGGAAUGCUGAUGGACAAAAGAUCUGCAUUGUGUAUGAAGAUGGUGCUGUGAUUGUUGGGUCUGUGGAUGGUAACCGCAUCUGGGGGAAGGAACUGCGAGGGUUGCAGCUGGCUUGUGUUGAGUGGUCUCCGGAUGGGAAGAAGAUCUUAUUUGGAAUGUUGAAUGGAGAAGUUCAUAUAUUUGACAACACUGGCAACUUCAUUACCAAGCUCCAGGUGCACUGUCUGUCGAACGUGACUGGUGCUAUCCACAUCGCUGGACUGCAGUGGUAUAAUGGACUCAACGGAUAUGUGGAGGCAAACUGCCCAUGUUUUGCGCUCUGUUUUGACAAUGGUCGCUGUCAGAUAAUGCGACAGGAAGUAGAUGAAAAUCCUAUCCUGAUCGACACUGGUAUGCAUGUAGCUCAGAUAGGUUGGAACCACUCGGGGAAUGUGCUGGCGGUAGCUGGCUCCCAGCAUGCCAUGGGACAAGAUAAGGAAGUCAAUGUUGUGCAGUUCUACACACCGUUUGGAGAGCACCUGCGGACACUGAAGGUUCCCGGCAAGCAGAUGUACGCCUGCUCCUGGGAGGGAGGCAGCUUGAGGAUAGCACUGGCUGUCGACUCCUUCAUCUACUUCGCCAACAUCAGACCCGACUACAAGUGGGGGUACUGCUCCAACACCGUGGUGUACUCUUUCACCAAGCCGGACAGACUGGAGCACUGCGUCAUCUUCUGGGACACAAAGAACAAUGAGAAAUAUGUGAAGUAUGUAAAGAAUCUCAUUGCUGUGACAGCCUUUGGAGAUUAUUGUUGCUUGGCAACUAAAGCUGACGAGAUGGUAGGCCAGUAUGUGUUGGUUCUGUGCAACUCUAUCGGCACCCCACUGGACUCCAAGUACAUAGAGAUGGACCCCAUGUACCUGACAAUGACCAAGACUCACAUCAUCACAGCAUCGAAGGAGGCCUUCUAUACCUGGCAGUUCAAGAACCCCAAGAAACUGGCCACCCUGGAGAUGGCCACAAAGAGGAAGGCAGGCUCAGAGAGACUGUACCACAUUGAUGACAUGCCAUCUGGAACAGCUCCACAAGAGGAUGUAGAUUUCAGCAAGGCUUUCACUAUGCUGAAAGGACGACUCCAGGGUACCGAGGAUCCAAUCUGCUGUAUAUCUGCUUCGGACAAAACUCUGUUUGUUGGGAGGGAGUCCGGGACCCUGAACCGCUACUCCAUGCCCAUGCUGGCUCUCACACACAAGUACGCCUUGAACUGCCGACCUCACCAGCUGGCUCUCAACUGCACCUCCAGCCGGCUCGCCAUCAUCGAUAUUGCUGGUGUGCUGACCUUCUUUGACCCAGACACACGGGUGACGGAUGAAGAUGGGCGGGAAGUUGUUGGGGAGCAUCUCAAAUUUGAGAGAAAGGAUGUGUGGGACAUGCGAUGGGCUGAGGACAACUCCGAGCUGUUUUCUAUGAUGGAGAAGACAAGGAUGUACAUCUUCAGGAAUCUGGACCCAGAAGAGCCGAUCCUCUGCAGCGGCUACAUCUGCCAGUUCAAUGACCUCCAGAUCAAGUCCGUGCUGCUGGAUGAGAUCAUGAAGGACCCAGAGAACCCCACCAAGGAGGAGAUGGUGGAGAUGGAGAUCAAGUCACUCCGAGACACCCGUGACUUGCUGGAGAAAGUGGGUAUAGCUGAUGCGCAACAGUUUAUAGAAGACAACCCUCAUCCCAGGCUGUGGCGGCUGUUGGCGGAGAGCUCUCUAGAGCAGCUCAAUCUGAAGGUGGCAGAGACGGCCUUUGUCAAGUGUAAGGACUUCCAGGGCAUCGAGUUUGUCAAGCGACUGGGAAACUUACAGAACGAGACAAUGAAGCAAGCUGAGGUAGCUGCCUACUUCCGCCGCUUUGAGGAAGCUGAGAAAAUAUAUGUCGAGAUGGACAGAAGGGACCUGGCUGUGAAUCUGCGCAAGAAGCUGGGUGACUGGUUCCGGGUGGUACAGCUGCUGAAGACCGGGUCUGGAGGGGAUGAUCUGCAGCUGGAGGAGGCCUGGAAUGCUAUUGGGGACUACUAUGCUGACAGACAGAAAUGGCAGCAGGCAGUGACGUACUAUGUGCAGGGCCGCAACCAGGAGCGUCUGUCGGAGUGUUACUACAUGCUGGAGGACUACUCUGGGCUGGAGAAGAUGGUGCAGGCCUUGCCGGAGAACCACAAGCUGUUACCGGACAUUGCAGGGAUGUUUGUCAGUGUGGGGAUGUGCAAGCAAGCUGUGGAAGCCUACAUAAGGUGUAACAGAGUGAAGGCAGCCAUUGACAGCUGUGUCCAUCUGAACCAGUGGAACACAGCUAUUGAGUUGGCCAAGAGUCAUAACGUGAGGGAGAUUGACUCUCUCCUGGCCAAGUAUGCCAGCCACCUUCUAGAGAAGAACAAGAUCAUCAAUGCUAUUGAGUUGUACCGCAAAGCUGGACACUACUUCGAUGCUGCCAAACUUCUCUUUAAGAUAGCGGACGACCAGAUGAAGCAGGGCAGCAAGCCUCUGUACCUGAAGAAGCUGUAUGUUCUGGGAGGCCUGCUCAUUGAGCAGUACCACGAGAUGAUGAAACUCACGUCCAGGAAUAAAGGCAAGAAUGCCGGCAAGAAAGCUGUAGAGGCCACCUCUGCUCUGGCUGGCUUCCUGGAAGAAGACUCGGCAGCCAUGUCGGACACCAAGCUGAUAGACAGUGCCUGGCGCGGUGCCGAGGCCUACCACUUCUACAUCAUGGCGCAGAGGCAGCUGCAUGAAGGCUAUGUUGAUGCUGCUAUGAGGACAGCCCUACACCUCAGAGAGUAUGAGGACAUCAUAAAUCCUGUAGACAUCUACUCUUUGUUGGCUCUGUGUGCAUGUGCUAACAAGGCGUUUGGGACAUGCUCCAAGGCCUUCAUCAAGCUGGAGUCCAUCGAUGUCCUCUCCCCAGAACAAAGACAGCCGUAUGAGGAGCUUGCGCUGGAGAUAUUCACAAAACAUUCCCCCAAAGACAACAGAGUCAAUCGCAUAGAGUGUAACAGUUGUGCCUCCCAGAUCCCGGACUGGUCGACCUCCUGUCCGAGCUGUGACACCAAGUUCCCCACCUGCAUUGUGACAGGUCGACCUAUCAUGGAGUACGAGUACUGGCUGUGUAGCAGCUGCAAACACAGAGCCAUACAGACGGAGAUCAGCCAGAAGUCCACUUGCCCUCUCUGUCAUGUCAAGGUCUAGGUCAAGGUCAAGGCCAUGGCCAUGGUCAAAAUCCUACUAUGUACAGUUUAAGUGACAUGAUAUUGUUAUAUAUGUGAUAUAUAUAUGAUGCAAAAUCCAUUGUUUCAUUGAGAAAACUAAGUUAACAAUUUUUUGACAUUUUUUGUUUAAAAUUGAAGACAAACAGUAGGUAUUACUUUAAUUCAAACAAUAUUCUGCAAGUACAUUCAUACCUUCAUGACAAGAUUGAAAGUAUAUGUUUCUGCAAUAUUUGCUGCAACUUGCAGCCAAAUGUGACAUCGCUCAUGCUGUGUAUCAACUGUGAUCAGUUUUGAAUCUCAAUAAUUCUGUAGCAGGUUUCUUCCAUCUGCUCCUAUGUCAUGCCACAGCUUUCAGAAAGUGUUGAGGUGACUUAGAAACCAAUUCCUGUUAAUGACCACAAUUUCAACUUGAUUCAAUACUAUUGCUGGUUUUGAAGACUGGGCCAGACAUGUCAGACAAAGUGGUUGCAUAUCUUUGUUUAAGAGAUAACCCUGCCCUAAAGUUUGUAAUAAUUAUGCCCCCGACCUAAAAGGUCGGAGGUAUAUAUUUAUACCAAGGUUCCGUCCGUCCCGAAAACUUUGUCCGCGCGAUUUCUCUUAAACUAUUCAGUGGAUUCAUCUCAAACUUAGUACAUGUAAUCUGUGUCAUAUGGAGGGGUGCAGUCAAAAGAAAAAAAAUGUUUUUAUUAAUUUUCCAUUUUUUUCAGGAAUUUUUCAAACCCUAACCCUAUCAAUUAUUUAAUUUGAAACUACUGACACACUAGGCGGGUCGGGGGUAUUAGUGAGCCACGCUCACUUUUGCCCUUGUUGUUCGCUGUUAUGAUUUCUUAGGGAUUUAACCCUCAAACUCUGUAGUAUGUUGCAUAAAAUAUGAAAUUACUUUGGUCUGUCAUACCGAUAUACUCAUGUAGGAGUAUUUCAAGGGAGGAGGAGGAUCCACAAGAUCUGGCACUCCUGCCAAUGAUACUGGGAUUUCUUGUUCAUUGUAAAAAGUGUGUGUCUACAUGCAGUUCAAUCAAAGCUGCAGGUACCCGUGUACAUGUUCAGGUUUAUUAGCACAUGCUGCCACUGCAGUGAAGUGUACAGUGUUAUGCUUGUUGUGUUUUAUUAUUGCUUUCUCCGUCCAAUAUGAAAAUAUCCUGCUGUCAUGUAAUGUAAUGUGUCAAUAUAUGGGAAGGAAACCUUCCAACCUUAAUCACUAGUUAUUUAAUAAAUAUCACACAUAUCA